GUCUCUUUGGGUGACUCCACGAGGGAGGGGGAGAGAGCCCAUGUGAUAGUGCUCCGCACUUCUCUCCACUGCGUUCAUUCUACUCGACGUAGACAACGUGCGGGCACGCUCCAUCGCUCACUGAUUUCACUGGAAAAUUUGGAUUUUUGGAGAUUUUCAUCGAGCGACUGAUUGAAGAUGUACAAACUACCAACCAUGAUGCGAGGUGUGGCUUCACGCCAGCUCCAAUACCAAGCGAGGAUGUACGCCAAGGACGUGCGCUUCGGUCCAGAGGUCCGUGCCCUCAUGCUCCAGGGUGUCGACAUCCUCGCUGACGCCGUUGCCGUUACCAUGGGUCCAAAAGGGCGCAACGUCAUCCUAGAGCAGAGCUGGGGAAGCCCAAAGAUCACCAAGGACGGUGUCACAGUCGCCAAGGGAAUCGAGCUCAAGGACAAGUUCCAGAAUAUUGGUGCUAAACUUGUACAGGAUGUCGCCAAUAACACCAAUGAGGAGGCUGGAGAUGGUACCACCACUGCCACAGUUCUGGCUAGGGCCAUCGCCAAGGAGGGUUUUGAGAAAAUCAGCAAGGGAGCUAACCCAGUUGAAAUUCGUAGAGGUGUAAUGAUGGCGGUCGACAAAAUCAAGGAAGAGCUGAAGAACCUCUCAAAGCCAGUGACGACCCCUGAGGAGAUCGCCCAGGUCGCCACCAUCUCCGCGAACGGUGACACAGCCAUUGGCAACCUCAUUUCCUCGGCGAUGAAGCGAGUCGGAAAAGAGGGUGUGAUAACUGUUAAAGACGGAAAGACCCUCAACGACGAGCUCGAGGUGAUCGAGGGUAUGAAGUUCGAUCGUGGCUACAUCUCUCCAUACUUCAUAAACUCCACGAAGGGUGCGAAAGUUGAAUUCCAGGACGCCCUGGUCCUCUUCAGCGAGAAGAAGAUCUCAUCGAUUCAGAGCAUCGUGCCAGCUCUCGAGCUCGCCAACUCCAUGAGGAAGCCCCUGGUGAUCAUCGCUGAGGACAUUGACGGAGAGGCCCUGACUACUUUGGUCUUCAACAGGCUGAAGAUUGGUCUUCAAAUCGCAGCUGUCAAGGCCCCCGGCUUUGGAGACAACAGGAAGGCGACUCUCGAGGACAUGGCUAUUGCCACUGGAGGAAUUGUCUUCGGGGAUGAGGCCAAUCUGGUGAAGAUCGAGGACGUGACUGCCAGUGAUCUUGGACAGGUCGGUGAGAUCGUGAUAACAAAAGAGGACACUCUCCUCUUGAAAGGCAAAGGUAACAAACAGGACAUCGACCAGCGAGCUGAGCGGCUCCGCGAUCUGAUUGAGAACACCACCUCAGACUACGAGAAGGAAAAGCUCCAGGAACGUCUGGCUAGGCUGUCAGCAGGAGUGGCUGUGCUGCGAGUUGGUGGUAGCAGUGAAGUCGAGGUGAACGAGAAGAAGGAUCGAGUACACGAUGCCCUGAACGCCACCAGAGCAGCUGUUGAGGAGGGAAUUGUCCCCGGAGGAGGCACUGCUCUUCUCAGGUGCACCCCAGCUCUGAAGAAUCUCAAACCAGGGAACAGUGAUCAAGCCACUGGCAUUGAGAUUGUCGAGCAUGCUCUACGUAUGCCGUGCCAGCAAAUAGCAGCCAAUGCUGGAGUUGACGCCAGCAUGGUUGUUGCUAGGGUCUCUGAUGGAAAGUUAGGUUAUGACGCCAUGAAUAACGAGUACGUCGAUAUGAUUGAAGCCGGUAUUAUCGAUCCAACCAAGGUCGUCAGGACUGCUCUCACUGAUGCUGCUGGAGUAGCAUCACUGUUGACAACUGCUGAGGCUGUCAUCACGGAAAUUCCUAAGGAGGAUCCACCCGCCAUGGGCGGUAUGGGUGGUAUGGGCGGCAUGGGAGGAAUGGGAGGCAUGGGAGGAAUGGGCAUGUAAAAGGCACAGGGUUAAGACUGAAGAACUGAAUUUUCCAAAGUGUUUGUCGAAUCGCCAGUGCUAGCAUGGAAGGAUUAUCUCAGGAACUAGGGGGUUUUCAAGAGGUGGGGAAAAUUCAGUAGUUUUGGAGAUAAUCCAACAUUUCUCAGAGUAUUAUUUUUCCUCCAGAAAGAAAUUCACUAUUUUUCACCCACAAAAUCCAAGAUAUCUCGUAAGCUAGUGGAUUUAGAAAAAAAAUGUCAAGAGAAAAUAUUUUCACUCGAAAAUUCCUCGUAAAAAAUGUCUCAUGACAGUUUUCUCUAAAUUCAUAAGUGCUGGAGAUAUCGAGGGAUUUUUCAACGAAGUCUAAAAAUGAACUUUCUUUUAGGCCUGAUCCUUGCGAACAUUUUUUUCUCUGAUGAAUUGUUUAAGAAGGGGAUUCGACAGUUAGGGACCUUGGAGAUACGUCUCCAAACAACGACAAGACAUUCGACAAGUAUCUUACAUUAAGAUUGAGAAUUUUUCCAUCAUUAAGAAUCUUUGCUCUCCAGGAGCUCGGGGAGGCAUUUAUCAGAAAAUUGCAGCUGCCAUUUUUGCCACUGUCAUGUUGGCACCUUGAGUUACGUAACACUUUUGAGUUUAAAGUUCACUGAAUUUAAUGAGUUUUUCUGAGAGUAGUGGUUAGCGAAUGGGUGAAACUAGUUUACAAAUUAACUCAAUGAUGAUUGUUUUACAUUUCAAAGAUCUAGAGGAGGGAAUUAUUUCAUGAGGAUUUUCCCAGGAGAUUGUAAUAAAAGCUGAAAGUGAUGGUGAAUUUUUUUAUCAGCUCUAGAUCCACGUAAAAGCUUCACGAGUUCACUAAGGAGUUAUUUGCUACGUAAUAUUCAUUUAUCCUCACUUCUGAUUGAAAUUGUGAAUUGUUCCAAAUGCUGCAUUGCGCAAAUACCCUGUGAAUUUAAUAAAAUGAAUGAAAUACCUGUUAUCUGAGUGUUCCUGUUGAAGAAUGGAAGUGUAAAAAUAUCUUAAAAUACCGAUUUAUCAAUAGUACAUGUUUUUUUAACAGUUAAUGCUUUAUUUUCCACUCUUAGUAUAAAUAAAAACGAUGAAAAUAGAUACAA